AUGUCAUAUACCGGUACCUGCAACUGCGAGAGCAUCCGCAUCACUCUCCCCCAUCAACCAUCGAAUACCGUUCUCUGCUACUGUACGGGCUGUAAGAAAGUCGGUGGCCGUGAGUACAUACUUAUCUGCUCGGCCAAUUACUUUGUCGAUGAGUGUCAUAUCACCAUUGACGACCGCAAGGGUACUUUGAGAGAAUACCAUGAUACAAAGUCACGGAGUGGUAAUGCUAUACGUCGCUUCUGUUCAGGCUGUGGCAGUGCCAUUGUGACAAUAACUCCCAUGAGCCCUGGAAAGGCAUACUUGAAGGCAUCGCUGUUUGAGCCCAUAUCAGCGCCAGGGAAAGAGGUUUUCGCCGAGAAGAAGCCAGACUGGAUGACUACAACAUUAGUCUAG